AUGAUUUCUCAAACUUUUAAACAAUCUAAAAAUGACCCAUUGAAAGUAACUAGAAAAAAUAAAAAAGAUAUUACUAAACUUUCAGUUAAGAAUUCUGAGCUUAAAAUCAAAGUAGCAAAAUUAAGUUGUAAUUUUGAGGAAAUAAAAUCAAAGAGAAUAAUCACUAAUUCCCUGGAGCAAUUAUCAAUUUCUGAGAAAAAGACAGUAAGUAUUUUUACUGGAAUAGAAAAUUCUAACAAUACCUCCAAACAGAUAAACUUACAAACUCAAAAUAUUUUGACAUCAGAUAUAUCUGAUAACACUUCAAAUUCUGAUAUUAGCUUAUCUCUAAUUGAUAAUACUUCUGAAUAG